CAGAGAACAGACAUUUAAUUUUUAUUUACAAUUUUAAGGAUAACCUAUUGAAUAUUUUCCAGUAAUUUUAUCUUUCAGCAUAGUGCUUAUAAAAAUAGUAAGUAAUAGGCAAGCUAAAGGACGUGAAUUUAGAAAAUUGUUCUUGACUCCAGAAUGGUGAUAGGCAUAAAUGUGUGUUUACAAUUUAUGUGACCUGACUUUACAAUGUGGUUGGGAAGGGAAUUUUUGAAUUUCAUUUUUUUGCAAGGAUUAUGAUUUUAUCCUUUAUUUGGAAGAUCAGUGUUGCUAUUGAUGCAGCCUGCUUUCUUCUAUUUUUUGUUACGGCUCAAGCAUUAUUGCUCUACUCCUUCGCCCUCAUAAUUGACAGCAGUGAAGUAAACGACAUGGAUCCUGAACUAUGGUUUUUACGAGAUAUUUUGGUAUCAAUGGGUCUUAUUCAGAUAUCAGAUUGAAUAUUUGAGACUCAGGUUUUUGACACCAUGAAAGGCACGAUGAAAGGAUUCAAGGUGUCAGAUGCGAAACGAUCUAGAAUAGUCGGAGUGGCCUGUAAAACCUUAGAAGAGUUGGUCAAUAAAGGGAGAACAAAGCUACAGAUUCCCUCAAAGUCUAAUGUUAGAGUUUUUCUACCAGAUGGAACGGAAGUAGAGUCUGAAGAGUAUUUUGUAACCUUACCAGCGCAAUCAUUCUUAUUUUUAAAACAGGACAAUGAAGAUUUCUUAACAGGUGCUGAUUUGAUUUAUAACACACUAAGAUAUGUCAACAUUGAUUUUCUCCGGGCUGGUGAAAAAGUUCGAGAGUUUUUUGAUGAAAACAUCAAAGAAAAAGUUCGAGUUCUGGCUGAAGUUUUGAGUGACAAAAAGAGCACUGAUUGCAAAACAUUUUUCAGUAGAAAAGAUGAUGACCCCGACUGGUUUUUGGGUCUGGAAACCAACGCAACCACCAAAGAAGCGUUCAUGUUCCGCCGAAGUCAGGAAAGAGUACGAGGCUACCUAUAUAAGACAAAGAGUGACAUGAAAAAGUCCUCUUUAUACACAAAUAAUAAUGAGUUUAGAGAUAUAUUAGAUGAUAUAUUUACAAACCUCUCAAAAACAUUAAAUAAAGAUAAAUAUUUCGGUUGUUAUUUCGACCGUAGUGCUGAAGGAGCUCUGUGUAAUGAUACUGGCGAGUUUAAAUGCUCUGGAGUCUGGAAAAGUAAGGAGUGUUUGUACAAUGGAGGGAAAAGCCAUUUGAUCAACCCCUACACGAGCAGAGAGGAAAGAAUUGUCUUUUCAACUUGGAAUCUUGAUCAUUGCAUUGAGAGGUCGCGCAGCAUCAUUCCUGCGUUGAUGAAUGCCGCAGAGUUUGUCGUCUGCAAAAGAGACAAGGAUUGUGAGGUGAACGUUCCGUACUUCUACUCUCUACUGUUCACCAGUCAGAACCUCAGAUUAGUCCACAUCGUGUGUCAUGACAAAGGGAAACACCACUCCGCUCAGUGUGAUCCCAACAUGUUUACUGUCAAUGUUCAAUGCAAAACUAAAGACUCGCCGAAAAACAAGAAAGAAUGUGGUGAAGGACGAACAUUGGUCUGUGCAAAAUGAGGUUAACUAGGUUUUGAAGAACCUGAAAUAACUGAGUUAGUUAAAGUUAUAGCUUUGACUAGACAUUCCAUCCCAUGUUAAAGUUGUCAUCAGUUUUUAAAAUCUAAAUGGACAUAGUUGAAGUGAGCAACUGACAGAUUGCGCUGGUGUAAAUGAGCGAUUUCUGUCAAAUACAAAGGGACGGGUGGCGUCGUCCUGUAAUCCAGCUACUAGGAGGUCACGAAUUAUGGAUAUUUAUAGUCAUGCACUGUGGAUGUGUUACUCCCUGGUGUGGAUUAACGUGA